GACCCACUGUCUUUGCUCUCCUCGUCUGCCGCUUUCCCUCCUCCCUAACUCACAGAUACCCUGCUCUCCCUCUCUCGGCGCGCGGUUUGGCCACGAAAGGCCGUGUUUGCCACUAAAAUGCUAGCUUCUCCGCUUUAUCCACCCGCCACUUUUCGCGAAGAUCACGAUACUACUCAGUAUAGACCUGCAAAAGAUAUAGAUGCUUUUAACAAACUCUUGCCACCCCCGGUCGAGUUCGUCGAGGGCUCCUCUACUGGUACUCUUGCUCUUGGAGAUGGAAAGUACCUGCCAAUCAACGCGCCCUCUCCUGCAAAACCUUCGAAACCCGAAGGGAAGUCGGCUGAUUCAAGUAAUGAUGCCCAAUCUACUCCCCGUUCUGCUCAGUCAUCACUGGCAACUGAGAAAUCUCUGUAUUCCAAGACUAUCGAAACCACUUGGCCCCCAAACACGCAUAUGGGUGUCGGCCUCAACAACACUGGAAACACUUGCUUUUUGAACAGUGCUUUGCAAUGUCUUCUCCAUACACCACCACUGCUCCGAGUUCUCAUAGCCCACAACAAACAUGAUCCUUGCCGCGUCAAGAAGGGCGCUUUUUGCAUGUCUUGCUCACUUCGGAAUCUCAUGAUUGAGAGUUAUAAAAAACAACGCUCAUUAACACCAUAUCAAAUUACUACCAACCUUCAACACAUCGCAAAGCAUAUGCGACGUGGUAGGCAAGAAGACUCUCACGAGUUCCUGCGAUAUGCCAUUGAUGCUCUGCAAAAGUCGUGCUUAGCGGGUUAUCCACCGAAAAUGGACCAUAAGGUUGCUGAGACAACUUGGGUUCACAAGAUCUUUGGUGGCAAGCUACGAUCAAGAGUAACUUGUCUGUCAUGUGGUCACAACAGUGACACAUUCGACAGCAUUUUAGAUCUGAGCGUUGACAUCUAUGGCAUGCACUCACUCACAGAGGCGCUGCGCAAGUUUGUCGCCGUUGAUCAUCUCAAAGGUUCCGAUAAGUACAAAUGCGAGAAAUGCAAGAAGCAUGUUAAUGCGGAUAAGCAAUUUACUUUGAAUGAAGCCCCUGCGGUACUGAGCAUUCAUCUCAAACGAUUCUCUCCUAUGGGUCGCAAACUCAGCCAGCCCAUUCGCUACGAUGAGAAGAUCUCUCUGAAGUCCAUCAUGAGUGAAGGCUCUUUUGGCCCAAUGUAUACCCUAUACGGGGUGAUAUCGCACGCAGGCGGCGGCCCGAACUCUGGCCAUUACUACGCGCACGUCAAGAAUUCGCAUGGAGAGUGGUUCGAGAUGAACGACGAUUAUGUGUCCAAGAGCAGUACCCCAACGACGAUGAAGAACGCAUAUAUCCUGUUCUACAUCCGAGAGAAAGGCCAAGCUUUGGAAGCAGCGGUCUCUUCUGCAUCGUCGCAAAGAUCCGUUUCAACCCCUCCCCCAGCACCUCCACUAAAGAAGGCCAGUGUCGUUUCAAGCAUGAAAAAGCGAAAGAUCGUCGAGAGCGAGGACGAGGAUAUCACCCCUGCUACUCCGUCGUCGAAUGUACCAUUUAUUGGACCACGCUUACCUUCCCCACCGCCCCCCUCGUCAUCCAUCAUUGACCGCUCCACCACACCUCCAGAUGCAAAGAAGCAGAAACCCAAUGCGCCCGACCCUCAAUCCGAGAAGCUCAAGAAAAAGAUUGCCGCAUACUCGAAGCCUUCGCCUUCGAAUGCUCUUUUGAGCCUGUCGCAGUACACGGAUGACAGUGACGAUGAUAUGGGGGAGAAAGUUGAACAAGCGCCUGCGGUGCCUUCGAAAGACGAGGAGGGUCCUGCUUCAGAACCAUCCUUGCCACCACAGACACCUUCCUCUGCUUCGCAGGAGCCUGCAUCCUCUGUCACUAAGAGUAGUCCUGCCGCUCCCGUUACUGUCAAUGGAUUCACGCCUGUGCCCGCGUCCAGUUUCUAUGGAUCGGCAUCGUCGAAGGGGAAGGGGAAGGACCGGGGUGGCUUCAAUGAAAAGAAGCGUAAAUCAUCAGAUGACAGUGAUUCUGAUGACGAGCGAGUACGCCUGUGGGCGAAAACACCUAUUUCACCCGUCCCUUCUUCGACUUCCGGAAGUUACAGGGGUUUGAAUCCUUAUUCUCGUUUGAAGGGCAGCAAUAACCUUUCAGAGAGAAGGGAUGGAGAUCGUUUUGCUCGUGGGAAAAGGAAGAAGAGCUUCCUCAUGUAAAUUUGUCGCAUUUGCAUUUUUCUUGUGCUUUUCACAGAAAGACAUCCGUCUUGUGCAUAGUUAGAUCAGGGUUAGGACUCUCACUUCUGCUCUGUUGUUUUUUUCCCUCAGAAUUCUGCAUUUUACACUCAGAUUGCAGAUUGUAAUAGCAAUACAUCAAGUAAUCCAAGGACUGGCUAGAAGACUCAAUACGCAAUCAUAGCUUCGCCCGGACACUCUUCUCUUCCUGCUCUUCCGCGGAGAACGUUGCGGCCUGAACCGCCUCCUCUUUACCCUCUUCCCAAAAGACGACUGUACAAGUCACAUCGUCCCUGUAAUUCCUUGACAGGGGGGCAGGUAUGCUGAGCAUCUGUCGUAACUUCAUUUCGUCUCCUCCACCGAAAGCAUUCCUGAUGAGGUGUGUGCUGAUGUUAUCAUCGACGAAUGCCCAUGAGCCAGCAUUAUCUCGUCGACGUUUGUCUUUGCCCUCGACAGUCGAACCGGAAGCUGUUGGUACGAGUUUGGAAAGACUGGACUUAGAGAUGGUGCCUCUGAGACCUGCUAGGAAACCUCCCACCAGGGAGACAACAUCUUCCGAUGAAAGCUCGUCCCAUAGACCGUCUGUUGCUAGAACCAAGAAGCGCAGUGCAGACUUGGAUUUGGGAAAACCGUCUUUGUUCGUCGGAUCGGGUAGAAAAUCGAGUUUGCGGUGGGUGACUUCGGGUCGGGCCGUGACAUAUGGAGGUGUUUUCAACAAGGGGGGAGUGGAACGCAUCGGUACCUUAUUUCCUUCCAAGAACACUUUGUUAAGACUUGCGCGGCGCAUGAGUGUCUGAACUUAAAUUCGGGAGCGAAAAACAAGACUCACAUAGCUUGGACUUCCCGAGACCAUUUGUACCGUGCAUCUCCGAAUGCCCGACUUGGUUCCAACCCGCCGAGGACUCGACCUCGCACAAUGACUGUUUCUGCUUCAUCUGACGGGUGCUCUGACUGCAUUCUGCAAAUAGCACGAUAGCUUAGUUUAUGGGUAUCAACAAGGCUGCAGUACAAAGUGAACAUACCUUUUUAAUUC